ACAACAAAAACUAUCCAUUGUUUUGCGUUACAUUAAAAGUUAAAAAUUAAUAUUAAUAUAACAUUUUAUGCUGAUUUUACAUGUUAUUUUAAGAAACAUUUAUUUAUAGUAUGCAGAUGAGUCGUAUGGGAUCACCAUCAGUCGGAAUGGAAGAUGACAUCGGAUCUGGUCAUGCCUUGAGCGAUUUUUUACUCCAACUUGAAAAUUACAAUCCCUCUAUUCCUGAUUCUGUUGUUGCAUACUACCUUAAUAUGGCCGGUUUUGAAUCACAGGACCCCAGACUAGUCCGGCUCAUAGCCCUAGCAUCACAGAAGCUUCUAUCGGACAUAGCUAAUGAUGCCCUUCAGCAUUGCAAAAUGCGGACAUCGAGCCAGGUGACUCAGACCUCCAAGAACCAAAAGGGACCCAAAGAGAAGAAGUAUGUGAUGACUAUGGACGAUCUGGUGCCGGCUCUCCAGGAGUAUGGCAUUACGGCCAAGAAGCCUCAUUAUUUUGUAUAAUUUUCAAACACUAAAAUAUUGUUUUAUUCAUGAAUUAGGUAAUUUAUAAACAUAAAUGGACAUAAUAAUUAUGGGAACACUGCUCAGUUUGUUAAGAAGAACAGUGUCUACUGUCUAAUCAUCAGUUUCAAUGCCACCCAAAAUGUGACAAAAUCUGAUUUGGCUUUAAAUCACUUAUUUAAUGGGAAAGCUAGUUUUAAAAGUUUAGGGCAAUUCUAAUAAUGAUGAGUAAUAUAUGCAAUUUGUAUAAGUAUUUAUUUAAAGCUCGAGUGUUAAUGUCCGUUUUUAUUGUAAUGAUCAGUACUCACUAUCGGUAUUACUUUAUAGUUUUACUCCAAAUCGAGUAAAAAAUAUAGUGUGGAAUGCAAAACUCACCACUAAGGCCCGCACUGAGCCGGCUCAAUGGAAUUAAAUAAAUCUAAUUUUAUUUGAUAAAAUCUAAUGCCAGCCGUCAAGCUUUACUCAAGUGUGUCUAUGAAUUGCGAGACUUGCUAAAUGUACCCACCGUCUCCUCACUUGAACAGUCAUCUUUUGGCUCGAACGGUUCAGCGCGCGUCACUCUAUAGAUUCAUGCUGAAUGUGUGGACGAAAGCCCAAGCCGUGGGUUUUACUCUAUGUGAUUGCUCGAUCGAGUAAAACUUGUAAGAACUUAGCAAUACAGUCACUUCUAAUAAUUAAUAACUGUAAGCAAAAUAACUGUUCUAAAUGACUUCAGUAACAACUAACAUAUAAAUAUGAAUUUAAUGUUUAAGUAAAUGAAGUUGGUGUCAGGUUUGUUAAUAAAAGUUUUAAAAUUG